ACGAGGCGGCCGGAGCGGCCGGAGCAGCUCGGUCCGUGCAGCUCGCUCGGCUCCGCAGCCCAGGUAGACUUGGCGGCGACGGGGCUGCAGCGGCCGAGGUCGAGCUGGCGGGGCAGGCGCGGGCCGCGGAGCAGGCCUCAAGGGUGAGCCGUUUGGUGUAAAAGACUUGACUCCAUCCAUAAUCUGCACCUGCCCCAAUGCUGUCCUCCGGAGUAGAGACUCAGCCAGUUCCGCUUGAUUCCUCCAUGUCUGCCGUGGUAGAGGAAUUAUACUCUGAACUCCCAGUGAGUGUCUCCAAAGAGCUUCAUGCUGACUCUGAGCCAAGUGUGAUUCCAGAUCUAAAGCCUGGAGCCUCCAGCUCUCUUGUAAGUCAGAGUAGGGCACCGCCCUCGCAGCUGCAGAGGACCCAGGCGGCAAGUUGUCGUGAAGACACCUCUGAGACCUUGGAUCACGGGGCUGAGCCUGGGUGGUGUAGGCUAGUAGACCCCCCAGCAGGAGGUUCUGUGGCUUCGGGGAUCUCUGAUAGGAAAGAGAAAACCAAGAGCAUGGAGCUAACGGUCUUCAGAGAGCAAGGGAACCAGGCGGAAAUUGAGAGAGAGCCCUGUGAGGGAGCGAAGCAAGACCCGUGGGAACGUGGCACAGCUGCUGAAGAGAAGAUGAGCCCGAGCCAGGAGAACCUCCUGAGACAGUCCAGCAAAGAACUUUUAUGUACAGACCUCCUGGGAGAUUUUCUUAGGAAUAAAGAAGGAAAUGUACAGAUUGUAAAUGAAACUCUGCUAAAAUCCACGGAAGUGCAAGGUAUGAAGGUCAGUGGGACUGAGACGGAUAACGAUGAUGGACACGAGAACGGCCAUGUGAGUAAAGGUCUGUCAGCUGGGUACAGGAAAGACCCAGAAGUAGACAGAGUCCUGACCAGUGGUGAGGUUUCAGAAACCAGCACAUUAAGUUCCCUAAAGCUUUUAAAUCUUAUGGACCCUGGAGUAACAGAAGCAACCACUAAAGAAAAAGAAUGUGGAGAAUUAAAAACUUGUCCUUCUCAGUUACCAGGAAACAGUUCCAUUUCCCAAGUGGACAGUGAGAAGGAAGAGUUGCGUAUGUCACACCUUGUCUGUGAAGCAGAUGACAAUCAUCAGCAGGUUCUUAGCCGCCCUCGUGAAAAACACAGUUCUGUACAUGCCAAUCUCCCCGUCACAAGAAACACGGUAGCUAUAGAGUCCUCAGAGGAAAAUUCAGAUGUGCCGUAUGUCUCAAAUUCGACUGGGCUAGAAUCCAGAAUGUCCUUAGAAGAAUAUAGUUUUGAAAAUGAUGGUUUGCUGAAGGGAUCUGCUGAGAAGACAGACAAUUCCCACUUGGGUGAAGGUGACCCAAGCAAGAACUUGACUUCCAAAGAAGAGAACGGAGCACAGCUUUUGACUCCUGUUGGUGAACGAGGGGAACUGCUCGUUGUUAAUGGCGAACAGCCAACAAAGGGUACCAGUGAGUGUUGUUCAGAUGAGAAAGAAACUGAUGGUUCUCCAAAGGAAAAUGUCCCCAAGAGCCAUUGCAUUCAAGGCAGUCUCCAUACAGAGAGCUCUGUGUCUGCAGGGCCCAGUUGUUGUACUGAAACUGUGGAACUAGCAAUUCAAAAUAAUAAAAAUCUGAAACUUGUCUCAGAUAGUCAAAGCAAUUUGACAAAUCCUGAGGAUCACAGAGAAACUUUGACUGCUGUGAGCCACCUAGGCGGACACACUCAACCAAGUAGUUAUUCCUCACUGCAGACCGAGGAACCAAAAUGGACAGCCACUGCAGAACCAGAUGUGUUACAAGGAAAGGUUUGUAGUAGUAGAGACUCGAACUCCUUAGUUAGUGUCCAGAGAAAUCUGAGUAGCGACGCUCUUGUAAAUGAAGUAGCAUAUGAUGAUUUUCAGUGUGAAAGAAAAUCACCUGUGAGUUCAAUGCCAGAGGAUCAGGGAAGAUCUAUACCUAAUGACCUGUCCAAAUCCAUGAAAGGUGCUGCUGCUCGGUUACCAACAUUUCCAGAGCUUGGUUACAAAACUAAGUCAAAAACUGUACAGAGCUCACAGGGUGACAGUCGUCCGUGUGUAGAUGAACAGGGCAUUCCCUGUGAGAGAAAUAAACGUUCUUGUACCAAUGAACUGACUGUAAACGAAGUAGAAAGUGAAUGUGUUUCUAAUCAACAAGUGUCCCUUAAUUCUCAAGACCACACAGAGCUGCCAGCAGUCUCUGUCCUAAACAAAAGCAGAGAGAUGCCUUUCCCAGCACGUGAAGGUGCCCAGCAAAGCCACCAGCCUCCGUUAGAGGCUCGAGCAGACAUCGCUACUGAGUCUCAGACCGUCCCCCUGAAGACAAAAGUGAACCAUCUCUCUCCACCAGGUCAUGAAACCUGUGGUGCCUCAUCAAACAGUUCCACCCUAAACAUCAAAGCAGGAAACCUCAAAAAUGAGAGAGAAACAGCUGAUUCAGGAACCGAAGAUGUACAUUCCAGGCCUCUGUCCAAUAAGAAGGCAUCUUCUUCGCCUCAACAGGUUACGGAGUGUGAGAAGGUUCAGUUUCCACAUACCCACAGUGGCCUUUGCGUAAAAGAAAGUGUGCCAGAAGAGGACACAUGUCUUGCCUGUGCUGCUUUUGAGUCUGGAAAAAUCACCCUGGACGUUGGUGACUUUAAAGCAACAAAACGCAAAAACGCUUUUCAAUACACUGAUCAUCACUCCCAGGGAAGAGAAGGUGCUGUGGAAAGUAGCGCUUGUAAAGUGAGGUCCACCUCAGAGGAAGGAGAAUGUGCUGGGGUGCAAACUAAAGACAACUUUCCUGAAGAGAAAUCCAGAAACAAAAUGGCAGCAGGGAUGUUAAGUAAUGGAUUGUCAAACAAAACCUCCAUUCGCAUCAAACCCAGUAAGGAAAGGGUAGAAAGAAAGGAACCAGAGGUACUGAGACAUUCUGCGUCUUGUAACUGUAACAUCUCUGAUUGUGCUCCACAGGGACUGAACCGAUCUGCAGACAUUCCAAGCCCUGAGAGAUUGUCGCACCAGGCUCCCACUGUUACCUUCUCCAGUUGUAAAAAUGUGAACCCAGCAGCUGAAGCUCUCCGUCAUGAGGCAGAUGAAGUCCUUGAUCGGCAGAGUAACCAAAACAGGUCAGGGAGACAGAGAUGCAAAGAUAAACCAGCCAAGGACCUAGCAGACAGUGACCGGAGGGAGGCCGGCUCAGAUCCUGAUGUGGAAAGACAUGACAACCCACCAGAACAACCGGUCAGUCCAGAAAGUACUAACCCACUCUCUUGUUUUCCAAAGCAAGACACUCUAGAGGGAGUUCUGGAAAGCGUUUCUGCUUGUGAGGAGUCCACACAAAACAUGGCAGAUGUUGUCUACACAGACCACGCUAAUGAGGCCACACAAGGCACACUGGGCGUGAAACUGUCUAGCACACUUGAUAGUGUUGAAAGGCAAGGUAGACUGGCAUUCCAAGAAACCUUACAGAGUACCUUGUCUCAGACAGAUGGUGCGUGUAUAGGAACAUCCGACCAGGACUCAGGUUUCCCAAAUGCUGUUGCUGCUGCUACAGUGGGAUCUCUUGGAAUAAAAACGUCAUGCGAAGAGAAACUUUGCCAGUGUUUAAAAUGCUGUGAGGCGCAGCAGUGUCCAGACUCUUGUGAGAAAUUGGAUAGAAUAGACACGUCUGUAAAUGUUUGUCACGAACAGCAAAGUGAAAGAGCAUCUCAGAAAGAAACACAAAGAGUGACGGAGGGAUCACAAAUAGAGGUGAGUUUUCAAUUUGACAAGGAAAAUACCUCUGAAAUUUCCUCGAGAGAAUUGUCUCCUGAAGGCCAACAUGAGAACUGUGUCUCUGUAGCAAAUGUUAACAGUGAAGAAGCUGACCUGAAAGACAUUCUUAAGCCAGAAGAUGAGGAAAACCAGAAGGUCUGCACAGCCCUGCAAGAGGCAAAGGAAGGCCUCCCCAGGGGUGGGAGUCACUGUAGUGAGCGAGACGGCACACACAUCAGCCUGGAGAAGAAUGCUGGCAGAGAGUGUCCUAGACAUUUGCCUGUGACAGCGCAAACGGAAGCUAACAAAGAAACUGAAGAACAUCAGAGUAAACCGCGGGGUCGCUUAACUGCUGGGGAGGAGUCUGGGAUGAGUACCAGAAAACGUGUUGGGGUUGGCGGCGGUGCUAUGCACAAGGCCUUUCGGACCUGUACAUGCCGGAAGAGGCCUGGUGAUGCUGGCAAACAACAAAUUAAGGCCCUGUCGGGCUGUGUGCGGCAGAAGGAAGAGGAGCAUAGCCGCCAGAAAGAAGCCUUAGAACCAUGCUCAUCAUCUGCUGCUUCCGCAAAUGAGGCACAAGACAGAAACCAGCCCGAGGCCAACCAAGACAGGGAUGCCUUGACAAAAGUUGUCAGCAGAGCAGAGCCGGCCAAGGGUGACACUGCUGCACAGAUUCAGAAGUUGAAAGGCCCAGAGGAGGAAAGCUUACGUCAUCCAGUGCAGGACACUGAGUUGAGCACAGGCCCUUGCCUCCCUGGUGACCCCCAGAGAGUGCAAGAUCCCAGUGCUGCUGGGUGUGAUCAGCUACGCGGUGCCUUUGGGAGCACAUCCCGUGAGAAAGGGAUGCUUCCAGUGAAGAAGCAGCCCCAUCGAACGUGUAAGAAAGUAUCUUUUCAAGAGCCAGUCGUUGUGGGGAGAAAGAUCAGUAAAGCAAGAAGUUCUGCCUUACUAAAGGGUUCCUCUGAUCCCAUCCCCACAAAAGCCUACAGACUUCUCAGUUCCUGCGCUGUGUCUGUACCGAUGCGAUCAGAACCUGACCCCGUUCCUCCCCAGAGCUUGGUGAGUCACAUACCAAAGCGGAAGGCUACUCCGUGCCAUCCCUUGAGGAGCCUGAAUUUUAGGAAGCCUACCAAAGAAUCAGCUUUACUAAACAAGCUGUCCGUCCUUGCCUCCAGACUUGUGCCAGCCACGAAGCCCCAGAAACUUACACGGUAUCGGCGAUGCUCCUUUGAGCUUCUUCCAAGCGCCAAAAGCUACAAGCGGCCCCGAUACAAAAGGCUCCUGGAUGGCUUUUCCUGCAAUACAAUGCCGCUGAAUGUGUAUCUCGCAGCUGGUGCGUGGGAUAAGAGGCCCAGCAGUAAGUCCUUGGCACUUUAUUCUCUCGAUUCCAUGAAAAUGAGCUUCAUAGAUGUGAGCCACGAGAUGCCAUCGCUGCUGUUUGGCUCCAAAAUCUUCCCAGUAUCCUUCCACUCAGACUGCAUGGCUGAGUCCUCAAGGACUUUCCCGGAGCACUGUGCUCCAGCCAGGCUCACCUCAGGAGCGGCUGUCCAUUGCCCGUCGCCACCUCCCAAGUGGGCCUUUUCUCUGUUCUUGUCCCACAGUUGCCCUGGGACAGCCAUGUUCAGGGACGACACUGGCCUCCACGGUCAGGCACACACUCAGGCUCCUCCACAGUCUCCAUCUCCUCCCCAGGACUACAGAGGGACUGCCCUAGUCAAGACCAGUGCAGACUGCUCUGUCCUUGGCCUUCACACGCUCCUAGCACUUUGUUCCCCAGGAUGUUACCGAAUCUGGACCAAAAAACGGAGCUUCUCCAGUCACAUGCCGACUGUGCAGAGGUUCUUCAUGACCCAGUUUACACAGGGCUUGAAGGGGUUGCGGUCCCCAGCCUCCAUAGCCAACAAAGUCUUCUGCUCCCUGCCCUACUCAGUGGGCAGGGUGCUAUCCAUCUGGAGCCAGCACGGACCUUCUGCCUGCUCCUUGGAAAUCUCUGCUCUUCAUCCCACUCCCAGCCAGGAGCUCCUGAAUCUGGACACCACAAACAGCUGGCAAAGAGCCUGGGUUGAGUCCCCCGGAAGCUGGAAGCCAGGAACUCCAUCUGGGUCUCCCGUGCGGAUACUAGGGACCCAGCUAGGUAUGUGAACACAUGCUGCCUCCCAGGUGCACGUUAGCUGGGAGCUGAAGUCGGGAGCAGAACAUGGACUGCAGUACAGACUGAGGGUAUCCCGAGCGGUCUCCUGGCUUGUACCAAACCCCUGCCCUGCAAUGGUAAUUCUUAAAUGUGGACCAUGUCGGUCCUCUCCCACUGAUAUUCCAGCAGGAUCUACUCUUCUGUUUUGUACUAUGCUUUUUCUCUCCAUUUCAUUCUUUGUACUGUCAAGUCUUCUGAAUGUCUUUUCUUGCUCCCCCACCCCCACUUUGAAAGAAACAAGUACCCAUUAAAAGCCUAAGACUGAAAGUAAUUAUACCUUGUUCACAAAGCAUUAUAUAUCCAUUAUGUAAUUCAGUAUUUGAUGUAUGAAAAAUAUUGAAUAUUGUGUAACUGCAACUAAAUCUAGCUUAUGAACAUCUGCCUUUUAAAUUUAUUUAUUUGUUUUAUUAAUUUUUUUAUUGGAAAGUCAGAUAUAGAGAGAAGCUCUUCCGUUUG